CUUUAAAUACGUUUUAAUGCAAAUGUAAAGAUGGCAUUUAACGCUUUUAAUAUCUUUUCAUUGUAAUUGUAGAAGCGAUCGCUCGUUAUAAAACAAAGGUUUUCAAGUGUCUAGAUUGCUUUUCAUAGUGGAAGUCUUCAAAAGCUUUUUCUUGUUUAGUUAAAACUUUGAAAAAAAAAAUGCGAAAGGGAUCCGAAUUUGAUUGGAAAGAUAGUAAUCUGGAAAAAUUUGGAAGUUCAGAAGAUAGAAAAGUGAAAAAAGAGUCUGCUUUGACUGAACCAGCAUGGAAAAAUGUUGGGACCAAACCUGGUACUGAGAUUUUUAGGAUCAACAAAUUUAAGGUUGAAAAAUGGCCUAAAGAAGAUUACGGAAAGUUUUUUUCUGGUGAUUCAUAUGUCAUUCUUAAUACUUACAAAGAAAAAAAUAAUGAGGAACUUUUGUACGAUGUUCAUUUUUGGAUUGGCAAGUAUUCUACACAGGACGAAUAUGCAACAGCAGCAUAUAAAACUGUUGAGCUUGAUACCUAUCUUGAUGAUAAACCUGUGCAACAUCGUGAAGUUCAGGGUCAUGAAUCGGCAUUAUUUAAAUCAUAUUUUAACUUCUUCACGAUAAUGAAAGGGGGAUGUGAUAGUGGAUUCAAACGUGUCACUCCAGAAAGUUACAAAACACGUCUUUUUCAUAUUGUUGGCGAGCGUAAGAAAAUUAGUGUUACUGAGAUUCCAUGCAAAAGAGGUAAUCUCAACAGUGAAGAUGUUUUCCUUAUUGACACUGGUCUUCGCAUAUAUCAGUUUAAUGGUGAAACAGCAAAUAAAGAUGAGAAGUUUAGAGCAACUCAGUAUGUUCAGCAACUUAAAGCUGAAAGAAUGGGAAAACCACGUCUUGAUAUAUUAGAUGAGAAAAACAUUAGUCCAAGUCAUCCUAUAUAUAAAUUAUUACCAUCUGGAAAAAGCAAAGAGAAAGAAAGCAAUAAUGAAAAUGAAAUUGGUAUAUACCGAGUUUCGGAUGCUUCUGGAAGACUUGAAAUGAAGCUCAUCUCAAAUACAUUAGACAGAAAUACACUUGACAGCAAUGAUGUAUUUAUUUGCAGCGCUAAAAAUGCUUGCUUUGUGUGGAUUGGAGCAGGUGCUUCUAUUGAAGAGAGACAAAAUGCUAUGUCAUAUGUUCACGAGUUUUUGAAAGACCAGCCGAAUCCUUUUGUACCAGUUACUUGUCUUAGUGAAGGACAAAAAUCGGAGGAAUUUGAACAUAUUUUUAAAUGAAAUUACUAUUAUUAUAUAUUUAUUUUUAGGUAUCAUCUGUGAACUCAUGAGUGCUUUUUUAGGUUUUAAUGUUUGCAUAAAUUAGAUUUUUUAAACCAAAAUUUUCAAAAUGUUUUUUAUUUGUUUAGUUUAAAAAAAGUUUGACUAUGUUUUUUACAGUUUUAGGCUAAUUUUUCAGUUUUUAGUAAAAAAAAAAACAACGUAACAGAACAGUAAGUUUGUCACUAUUUUUAUUCUUACUUUUUUUUCACUGUAUUGCGUUAUAGUCUUGUCAUCAUUUGUAAAAUUAUAUUUCCUCUAGAAAAAAUAUAUAUAUAUUUA